CAGAAAGAUUACGGUUUAUGCGAAGCAAAAUUUGGUAACUUUCAAUACAUCCUGCCCUGAAUAACUGGUCCAAUGGAGGACGAGGAAGAAACGUUGUGUCGCUACGGAACGGCACUGCCACCAUUCGAAGAAGAUGCUGUACCAUCUAAGCGACCGAUUACGGUUGAGGACCAGAUCGUGCUGGACAGCAAUGGCAAGAGACGUUUCCAUGGCGCUUUCACCGGUGGAUUUUCGGCCGGAUAUUGGAACACGGUCGGGUCGGAGGAAGGCUGGAAGCCAAAGGAAUUCAAAAGCUCCCGUUCUGCGAAAUCAUCGACCCACCUGCAACAGAAUGCAAUGGAUUUCAUGGACGAGGAAGACUUGGGAGAGUUUGGAUUCGCCCCGCAACGGGUACAAGCGAAGGAAGAUUUCGCGCACAGUAGUAGCACUGAUAAGUCGACUAAACGAAAGCUGGAUCUAAGCUUUUCCAAGGGUCCAAUACCAGGGCAACCUGUACUUCGCGCGUUACUUGAACCCGCAAAGGAAAAAACGGCCGUAAAGAUGUUGAAAAAAAUGGGUUGGCGUGAAGGGCAGGGCAUAGGAGAGCGCCAGUCGAAGGGUGAAAAGAAACGCACUACACAGCGAAACAACAAGGAACGGUAUGUAAUGAAAACCUACGGCUGCGAAAUACCUGGUCGGAGUGAACCACCUGAGAAUACACAUCAGGACGAUUCGUCCGACAGUUCGGACAGUGAUUACGAUGUAACAUUUGCUCCGGAUGAUUUCGAUCCGUUGGUAGCGGCUCUUAAGGACAACACCUUCGGCUUGGGCUACAGUGGUCUGGAUCGUGGUACUACGAAGCGGUUCAAUUUAUUCGACACCUUUGAGGUGGUCGAUAAAAAUAACAAAAAACUUUCCAUUCGUGGCCAAGCUUUUGGUAUCGGUGCGCUCGAGGACGACGACGAUCUGGAUGUGUACGCACGGGACGACAUGUCACGGUAUGAUUUUUCACUUGAAGAUGGGAAGCAAACGAAAAGUGGUACACCAGCAAUCAAAUCCGGACAGCAAGGAGCUUCGUUGGAUGGUUUUUGUCCUGCGAGCAACAUUCAGAAGCUGGUGAAGAAGGUGUUCCGUUCGAGCAUGCCGGACAGUUUUAAACCCCGCAAUUGGACUGAACGAAGGAGCCGCUUUGACCCGUUAAAUGAGGAGCGAUCGAGAAAAAUUCAACAGGAAAACGAGUACAAAGUCAGGGGUCUCGGGAGACAUGAUCUCGAUCCUAAAGAACGAGGAGCUAUACUCGGCGAGAGGGAAAUUGAGAACCCAAUUCUGGAACGCAUCAACGCGCAGAGUUCAAAAUUCGUACCGAAAGAUGUGAUUGACGAAGGAACUCGGGAACUUAUGGAAAAUGGUGAAAUUGCGAAGGAAAAGGAUGUUCCUGUUUCAACCGUCCCGAAGGGUUUGUUGAACGAAACGAAGGUUCUGCUUAAUCCGUACCUAGGAUCAACGAAGGAAGGUUUCAAGCCAUUCAUCGCAAUCCCUGACAAACAAGAUCGGUACGAGCGUUUCCUAACGUUCCAACCAAACGAACGAUAUCUUACUAGGGAACAGUACCUUGAAUCACUGCAGCCACUUAAUCUCUCUGCUUGGGAGAGAGAACGGGAACUGAAGGAGUUUAUUCAAGCGGAACGAAUGUACCGCCCGCUAGAUGGGUUGAUGUCGGAUCGGUUUGUAACGGCAUCGGCCUUGAUUGCGGACAAAACAAUCAGCGAAGAUGGAGCGGCCGAAAAGCGCGAGGUGAAAAUGAAACGCACCCGUACGAUGUGGAAACCCCACAAGGAGCUAUGUAAAAGAUUCAAUGUCCCCGAGCCGUUCGGUGGAAUGAUGCACGAUGAUACGGAGACGGAAAAGCGUAGCAAAGAAAAGGGAAAAUUUUCGGUGUUCGAUUAUCUAGAGACGCCAGUGACCAAUAGACGAGACUUCGUAACACCUGUCAUUUUACCGAGCACUUCCCAGCCAACAGAAACUAAGCCUGCUGACGUGGCAAAUGCGGGUAGUUUUGGUCAGAGACUUUCGUCAAAAGAUUUUUUCGCAUCGGACGAAUCCCUCACUCUGCCAACAGGAGGCCAGAAACUUGCUGAAAAGGUUUCCCACGAACCGGUGGAAAAAAAUCCCACUACAAAGGCCAAUCCUCCCAAGGUGGUGAAAAAACUAUCCGGAUUGGAACAGCAGGUGCUUGAAGCGACCAACAAAAAACCGGAAGAAAAACGUGACUUGUUUAAAUCAAUCUUCUGCAGCAGCGAUGAGGAAAGCGAGCAGCAGGACAAUGAAACCGCGAAACAGGACCUUAAGCCAGCACUAACUGAUGAGCAAAAGAUGCAGAUGGUGGACAGCAUCGUCGCCAUUAAGCCGGUACAACAGAUAAACAUUUUGAGAAACAAUUCGCCUCCGAGAGGAAUCUUUAAGAGUUUGUUCGAGUUUAAAAAACCGUCCGGCGGAGAACAACCUAGCUUAAAUGCGCUCACAGAGACCGCGAAAUCCGUUCCUGCAGUCGAUGGAGCAAAUGAAACCGGAACCCAUUCUUCCGCGAGUGAUUCGGAAUCCUCGGAGGACGAAUACUAUGGACCGAGUUUACCAACGACGAUGGUUGCCUCCGGAUCUUCCGGCGAUGCUCCGCAGGUGCAUCUAGAUGACCGGCUGCGGCAUCUGCUCGGUACAAACGAUAAAGGCGGAACGAAAGGAGGUAAACAGGAAAUUUGGAUCGAAAAGGACAGCGACCGACACUCAUCCGGAAGAGGAAAAAAGAAGAAAAAACACAAGGAACAUCAGAAGAGUAAAUCGAAGAGUAAACAUAAAAAAGACAAGAAAAAAAGCAGUCACAAACAUAAAAGUAGAAGAUAGAACGUAACAUACUAUCGUGUACUUGCAUGUAGAUACAAAGUGUGUAUAAUAAAAUCUUGUUUAUAAAAAAGUCACACACGUUA